UUACUAGGAACUUCGGAACUGGAACUUGACCUUCAUACUCUAAUUUGUAUUUUCUCCUCUCUGGCCUCCAGCAGCGCAGCACCCAGAGUCUCAUCCCCAUGGCCUGCCUGAGCCCCUCCCAGCUCCAGAAGUUUCAGGAGGAUGGAUUCCUGGUGCUGGAAGGAUUUUUAUCUGCAGAUGAAUGUGCCGCCAUGCAACAGAGGAUUGGCGAGCUAGUGGCUGACAUGGAUGUCCCUGUCCACUACCGCAUAGAAUUUUCCACCCAGGAAGAUGAGCAGCUGAGAACCAAAGGCCAGGGCAACAAAGACUAUUUCUUGAGCAGUGGCGACAAGAUUCGGUUCUUCUUCGAGAAAGGCGUUUUCGACAAGAAAGGAAAUUUCCUGGUCCCUCCAGAGAAGUCCGUCAAUAAAAUUGGCCACGCUCUGCAUGCCUAUGACCCUGUCUUCAGGAGUGUCACAUACUCCCCCAAGGUGCAGGCUUUGGCCAAAAGUCUGGGCUUCCAGAUGCCCGUGGUCGUGCAGAGCAUGUACAUCUUUAAGCAACCUCACUUUGGUGGCGAAGUCACCCCUCACCAGGACUCCACCUUCCUGCACACGGAGCCCCUGGGCCGGCUGCUGGGCAUAUGGAUAGCAGUGGAGGAUGCCACUCUGGAGAAUGGCUGCCUCUGGUUCAUCCCAGGCUCCCAUACUGGUGGGGUGUCCAGAAGGCUGGUCCGGACCCCUGCUGGCUCAAAGCCUGACAUCAGCUUCCUUGGGUCAGAGCCUGUCCGGGAUGCCAGCCUCUUUGUGCCCACCCCAGUGCGGAGAGGGGACCUCGUCCUAAUCCAUGGAGAAGUGGUACACAAGAGUGAGCAGAACCUCUCUGACCACUCACGCCAUGCCUACACUUUCCAUCUCAUGGAGAGCUUGGGCACCGUCUGGAGCCCGGAGAACUGGCUCCAGCCAACAGCUGAGCUGCCCUUUCCCCCACUGUACACCUGAGUGCCCUCUCUGGGCUGGGCCUGGCCCAUCCGGGUGAAGCCGUGGGCCUCAUGCACCAGCGUCUCACCUGGCUGCCCAGCUGCAAAGGGGAAUUCGAAUCUCUCCUCCCUGCGCUUUCUCCCUGCCGGGGUCUGUGCCCCUCAGCCCUGCAGACAGGCAGGCGGGAGGUGGCAGGUGGGCAGCAGGAGCCCCGGAUGGAUGGCUUUCCGGAGACCUCUAUCUCUCUGCCUCUCCCCUGCCCCACCUCAACCUCCCCCUGAAGGCAGCCUCUCACCAUGAAAGCAUUCUGGGUACUUCUCUGCUGGCUUCCCACUGUUCUCUCAGAUGCAACUCGGAUUAUGAUGAUGCAAGACAUGCAAUAAAAGCGACUUCUGAAUGCA